AGCUUCUUUGGUGUUUAGUGGAGUUAACCUGCUGUAUCUGUUAUUUAGUCUUCAAAAAUAUCUUUUUAUAUUUUCCGUCAUGACGGAAGACAAACCAACAUCUUCCACUCCAAACAAACUUCUUGCAUUGAACCCCAGCGAUGACGCCGCUUUUCGGAAAAAAGUUCAGCAAGUAAAACAGCGACAAAAAAAGCCACAGUCUCUAACUCGCGGAGUGAUUUAUGUUGGACACCUUCCACGCGGAUUGUUUGAGCCUCAACUCAGAUCUUAUUUUCAACAAUUUGGGAAUGUCACUAGAUUAAGACUGUCCAGGAGUAAAAAGACAGGUGGGAGUAAAGGUUAUGCAUUUGUUGAGUUUGAGUGCGAUGAGGUGGCCAAGAUUGUGGCUGAAACUAUGGAUAAUUACCUCAUGGGUGAAAGGCUGAUCCAAUGUCAUAUUAUUCCACCUGAAAAGGUACAUGAAAGGCUCUUCGUUGGCUGCGACAGACAGUUUAGGAAACCAAAAAGACCAGCUGUUCUCCGCUACAAUAAAAUGCAUUUGCCGAAAGACGUAGAGAAAGUCACCUCUAAACUCGUGCAGAAGGAGUCAAAGCUCCGGAAGAGGCUUGCAGAAAAGGGAAUCGACUACGAUUUUCCAGGAUUUGCUUCCCAAGUUGCAGCAAAGAAGGCACUAUCAGAUGGAAAUACAUCUGUUUGCAGCGAGGAUGCCACCCCAGUCUGUACGCCAUCGGUGCUUGAGAGGAGGAAAUCUGCUAAGUUUACAGACGACGAUGAGGACAACGAGAUCAUCAUCAAAGCCAUGCCAAAAUCAAAGUCUAAGAACAAAGAUAAUAAUACAGAAGGUGAGGAGGAUUCUGAGGAAGAGGAGGAGGGUGAGGAAGAUGAUGCUGAGGAGUCUUCAGAAGAGGAGGCACUCUCAGAUGAAGAGGAAGAACCAUCAGAGGGUGACAAGGUGUGACCGUGGCCUCUAAGGAAAGGACUGUCACGUCACCAUUAGAGACUUUUGUGUAUAAAUGCCAAUCUGCAGCGCCCCACUUUGAACGAAUGAGAGUGAAAUCGAAAGCUCGCAGCCUUGUGGUUGUCAAACCCUGUGAAAAAUACAGAAACUGUUUGGAUGAACAUAGCUUGUGCUUGUGACAUUUUUCCCCAGGGUUGCUGCAGCUUCUCAGAGAUGGUCAUGGUUAAUUAAAUCUAUGUUCGUCAUUCAAUUCUGUGUCUCCUCACUAGGAAGCAUAAAUGUGUUCAUUUCCCAUCAUAUUUUUCCUCUAUAAUGGACCUGGACUAAUUGUCUCGUUUUCUGUCAAGCUCUAUCACAUUUUCCGAAUCCUUCCAAUAUUUGUAAUUGUUGUGUAGU